AUGAGUGUGACUAUUCCUGAAUCCAGCAGAGACUCAAUGGCGGAAAGUACAGAGCAGCCUUGUAGCUCAGCAGAAACGACACUCCCCUCUUCUCGAAGCAAGAAGAAGCCUACUUCGGUAGCUAAGUCUACUGGACAAAAUGAUUCUGACAAUUCAAAUGACAGCGACAAUGAAGGGGCCACUUCUGACAGUAAUGCAGGCAGCACAUCCAAAGGUACUCUAGUGUUGCAGCCUGCAGGGAGUGAAAAUAAAGGCACUGUGAAGUUCAGAGUGGAUUACAAACAGAAAACCUCAGACGACACACUGCAAAAGAAGGUCAACUGCACAGCCUGUGGAAAGCAAGUUAACCAAUUUCAGCGCAGCUCUGUUUACGAACACCCUGCUCUUAAAGUACUUAUUUGCAAGUCAUGCUACAAAUACUACACGAGUGAUGACAUUAGUAGAGACUCGGAUGGAAUGGAUGAGCAGUGCAGGUGGUGUGCUGAGGGGGGAAAGCUCAUCUGCUGUGACUACUGCAGCAACGCCUUCUGCAAGAAGUGCAUCCUGCGCAACCUGGGUCGAAAAGAACUAUCAGCCAUCACUGAUGAGAACUCUAAGUGGCACUGCUACGUGUGCAGAGCGGAACCCCUCCAAGACUUGAUUUCCAAGUGUAACUGCAUCUUUGCAAAGAUUGACCGUGAGAAAACCAAGCAGCGUAAAUCCGGCAAAAGCGAGGAACCCAAGAGCAAAACGUACAAUCGCAGGGAAGUCAAAGAGCACAAAGCAGUCGUUAACGGGAAGGAACACGCCGACGGCUCAGGGACCAUAACAUUCUCUUACAAAAAACUGCUGAUACCCAAAGAACUCUUAAAGAAAGCAAAAAAGCUGGUUGAAACCACAACUGGCUUGAAUAAUACAUUCAUCCAGUUUGUGCAGCAGGCUGCUAAAGAGCAUGACGACACGACUGUCAGGUACAGGCAUUUGAAAGCAUUCAAGGCAGUGCUUGCCGAUUUGAAAAAAGCCCAUGCUGCCUUGGAGGAGGCAUUGGAGCCAGAGUUCAGAAGUAUGGGACUACAAAAUGGCGACAAAGGGCAACAGCAAGUUAGAAAAAGCGCAAAUGCCGUGGAGGUGGUUGUGUUGGACGAUGAGGGGGACGAAGUUGAUGCAACGGAGGAGUCGGACACUGUGGAAGAGGUGCAGAAUGACGAGCUAUCAGUGAAGCACAAUAAGCUUCAGGAGGAGAAUACUGAGCGAAAUGAUGUAAAACAACUUACUGGAACUGUCCAGGAGCAAGCUGAUAACAGGCUGGCUUGCGCGCCAGAGGAGGAACCGGAGAAGGAACACAACGAGGAACCCGUUGGUAAAGACUGCAAAACGCCAGAUCUAACCAAAAAUGUAGCUAAACAAGAAAUGUCUGAUGAUGAGCUGCUGCCACCUGGUGAAAUAUCACUUGAUCAUGACAUUAUGUCUGUUCCUCCUUCAGUUCCCGAGGAGCUUUUUCAGAUGGUCGAAAGUCUCGCAGAUCCAAGCCUGCUACCGCAGAGUGAUCAGACUUCGGACACAGACGUGGCGAAUGGACGUGGGGAACCAAAGGUGAAGAACCUCAUUGUUAAACUGACUCCGGUCCCAGUUGUGACGACAAGAAGAUCCUCCAGGUCCAAAAUCAAAGAACAAGGUGAGGAAAAUUGUGGUUCUGACACAGGAUGCGAACCAGCGAGCCCGCCACCCAAUCGGCGGCCCACUAGAGUGAAGACGACUCCGUUGAGAAAGCAAGCUGAUAAUAAGAGUCUCGAGAACUCCUCUGAAUCAGAGCAGGAGUCGGAGAAGGAAUGUAGCGGCAAGUCAGAGAAAUCCAGCAGCACCAAGAAAGAAGAUAAAAAGCAGAGUAAUACAGUAGACUCCGACUCGGAUGAGGUUCCUAACGUAUUACUGGAAAAGGUGGCAGAAUACAACAGCAGCGAUGAAGGGAAAGAAAGCCCAAGCUCCAAAAAUGUUAAAGCAAAAAACGCAGACAAAAAGUCCAAGCGCAAAAGGAAGUCUGAGGGCUCGGAAUCAGACGUGGAAAUUAAAAGUAAGAAUGGAUCAAAGAAGAAAAAACAAAAUGUCUCCAAUUCUUCAGACUCUGAACAAGACAAAGCGAGCACAGCUAAGAGGCGAUCAAGCCGUGUGACAAAAAGUGGUAAAGCAAAGGGAGAAGGAACACCCGAGAAAAAGGCUGCAAAUAUUAAAAGGUCCUACGAGAGGAAGCGGAAAGGAAGUAGCCCAAAGGUAGCCUCCAAGCUGGAGUCGUCUUCUAGCGAAGAUGAGGACGCGCAACAAACUAACAGUGACUCUGGAGAUGAUAGUGGCCAGCAGACGUUUAACCCCGUGGUGGAAGGUGCCGUAGCAGAAGGAGAUGAAAUGCCUGCCAACAAAGAAGCUCAAAUGAGUGAGGAUUAUGACGACGACCCUGAAAACAGAAUCGCCAAAAAACUGCUUCUCGCACAAAUAAAAUCCAACUUUUCCUCCGGGGCUGAGAGCUCCUCUGAAAAUGAAGGCGAGGAAGUGAAGAAGUCCUCCAAAAAAGUCAAAAAGGAUCAAGAGAAGCAGCAAGAUAAAGAUUCUGAAGACUCCGGUUCCGAUAUUGAGGUGAAGAAGAGUGUUCGACGCCAUAAACUGCUUCGCCACAAGCUCACGCUCAGUGACGCGGAGUCGGAUGAUGAUGACAAAGAAGACAAUGCACAAAAGACUAAAAAGGCUAAGAAGAAGAAAGAAAAGAAAAAAGCGGUGGACAGCGAUGAUUCCGAUGAUUCUGACUUCAACAACUCAGCAUCGUCCAGUGCUGAGUCUGGGAUGAGCGAGGAGCUCAGCGAGUCUGACAAUGAAGAGAAGCGUCGAAAGACGAGAUCUUCAAAGAAAAAGGAUGACGAAAAGCAGAAAAGUCAGAAGGAGCAGAAGAAGAAGAGACGCAGGAUCAAAGUACAGGAUUCCUCCAGCAAUGAGAAGAGUGGAGAGGAAGAUGGCGACGACCCAGAUGGAGACGAACGCAAAGGACGCAAAAAGAUCCGCAAAAUCCUCAAGGAUGAUAAGCUGCGAACAGAGACGCGGGAUGCGCUUAAAGAGGAGGAAGAUAGGAGAAAACGUAUAGCGGAAAGAGAAGAACUGAGGAAGAAACUUAGAGAGACAAUUGUGGUGGAAGAGUCUUCCCAGAUAGCGUGUCCGAUUACCACCAAGCUAGUCUUAGAUGAAAAUGAAGAGACCAAGGAGCCGCAGGUGCAGGUCCACAGGAACCUUGUCACCAAACUCAAACCUCACCAGGUUGAUGGUGUGCAGUUUAUGUGGGACUGUUGCUGUGAGUCGGUGAAAAAAAUUGAAAAGUCACCUGGCUCUGGUUGCAUCCUUGCACACUGUAUGGGUCUGGGAAAAACACUUCAGGUGGUGACAUUCCUUCAUACUUUGCUCCUUUGUGAGAAGCUUGACUUUUCAACUGCACUGGUGGUUUGUCCCCUCAACACAGUCCUUAAUUGGGUCAAUGAGUUUGAGAAAUGGCAAGAGGGAAUGAAAGAUGAUGAGUCUUUGGAGGUGACGGAGUUGGCCACGGUCAAAAGGCCACAAGAGCGAGCGUUCGCCCUCCAGCAAUGGCAGGAUACGGGCGGUGUUAUGAUUAUUGGGUACGAGAUGUACCGAAAUCUGACACAAGGAAGGAACAUCAAGAGUAAGAAGCUCAAAGAGACAUUCCAAAAGACUCUGGUAGACCCAGGUCCUGACUUGGUGAUAUGUGACGAAGGUCACAUCUUGAAGAAUGAGGCGUCUGCUGUGUCCAAAGCCAUGAACUCCAUUAGGACGAAGAGAAGGGUUGUGCUGACUGGAACACCUCUUCAAAAUAACCUCAUUGAAUACCACUGCAUGGUGAACUUCAUUAAAGAGAACCUGCUGGGGUCAGUUAAAGAGUUCCGCAAUCGGUUCAUCAACCCCAUUCAGAAUGGACAGUGUGCUGACUCCACAAUGCAAGAUGUCCGCAUUAUGAAAAAGAGGGCUCACAUUUUGUAUGAAAUGCUGGCCGGAUGUGUUCAGAGGAAAGAUUACACGGCACUCACAAAGUUCCUGCCUCCAAAGCACGAGUAUGUGUUGUCCAUCAGAGUUACUCCACUUCAAUGUAAACUCUAUAGAUACUACCUGGAGCACUUUACUGGUGUAGGAAAUGCUUUGGAGGGGGGCCGAGGCCGCGCAGGGACCAAACUCUUCCAGGAUUUCCAGAUGCUCAGCAGAAUCUGGACCCAUCCUUGGUGCCUUCAGCUGGAUUACAUCAGUAAAGAAAACAGGGGUUUCUUUGACGAAGACAGUAUGGAGGAAUUUAUCGCUACAGAGUCUGAAGAGUCCUCAAUGAGUCUGACCUCAGAAGAUGAAAAGCCAAAAAAGAAAAAGAAGAAAGGCAAGGGAAGAAAUAAAGGAUCUGAUGACUCUGAUAGCGAUGAUGUGGAAGUCAUCAAAGAAUGGAACAGCAGUUCUAGGGGCAGGAAUGGAGAGGGUCGAAAUAGGCCUGAGCCUGAAGAAGAGCAAGCUCAACCCUCCGGCUCGGCACCGGGGAGCCCCACCGCGGACUGGCACAAGGAGUUUGUCAGCGAGACCGAUGCCGAAGUCCUGGAACACUCAGGAAAAAUUACAAUCCUCUUUGAGAUCCUGCGCAUGGCAGAGGAAGUGGAAGAUAAAGUGUUGGUGUUUAGUCAGUCUCUUAUCUCUUUGGACCUGAUUGAAGAUUUCCUGCAGCUGUCUUGCAGAGCAGCAGAAGAAGACAAGAUCUCACCAUACAAAGGUGAGGGCAAGUGGUUCAGGAACAUUGACUACUAUCGUCUGGAUGGCUCUACCAACGCGACCACCAGGAAGAAGUGGGCUGAAGAAUUUAACGACCCUAACAACACAAGGGGUCGUUUGUUCCUCAUUUCCACACGAGCUGGCUCCCUUGGGAUUAACCUGGUGGCGUCCAACAGAGUCAUUAUAUUUGACGCCUCCUGGAAUCCUUCAUUUGAUAUCCAGAGUAUAUUCAGGGUGUAUCGCUUUGGCCAGUUGAAGACUGUCUUCGUCUACAGGUUCCUGGCGCAGGGCACAAUGGAAGAAAAGAUUUAUGACCGGCAAGUGACCAAACAGUCUUUGUCAUACCGGGUAGUGGACCAGCAGCAGAUUGAAAGGCACUUUACCAUGAACGAGCUGGCGGAGCUGUACACUUUUGAACCUGAUAUGUUGGACGAUCCCUCAGAGAAGAAAAGCAAGAAAGCCACACCACUGCUCCCAAAGGACCUCUUCCUGGCUGAGUUGCUGCAGACCCACAAGGACCAGAUUGUAUGCUAUCAUGAGCACGACUCCCUGUUGGACCACAAGGAGGAGGAGGCUUUGAGCGAGGAGGAUCGCAAAGCAGCCUGGGCUGAAUACGAAGCAGAGAAAAAGGGUAUGACCGUGAGGACUAACUACCAGCCAUCACCAUACACCCAAAUGGGCGCCUCCAGCUUAUUCUCCCACUACAAUUUGGCGGCUUUGGCCACCAUGACCAACCAGCAGCUGGAAGAGCUUAUCAACCAAGGGCGACAGAAGGUCAUUGAGGCGACAAAUGCGUUGAAGAGUUUACAGCGCGACUCACUGGAAGAUACCAUCGGAGCAAUUUGGAAAGAAAACCCAUCUCUCUCUGAGGAUCAAGUCCAGUCUUUGGCUCUGGGCCGAAUGGCCACUGUGGAGAUGGAGGCCAAACGCAGAGAAGCUUUUUACAGAGAAACUCUCACCAUGCAGCAGUCGCUGAUGAUGUACGUCCAGAAGGUGGUGAACAACAGGAAAGUCCAAGAGCAACAACUUGCCAUGGCCAACCAGACCAACCUACUGAGUAUGGCCCUGCAGAACGGCAUGCUGGGAGGGAACAGGCUCACCCAAAUGGACCUGCUGGGCCUUUACCAGCAGCUGCACGGAUUGAACCCCCACGCCGCCAUUGGCAAGAAUCCCGGGCCCUCUAAGGGCCUGUAA